AUGGCCCUGAACGAAUGCGUGGGCACACUUAUGUUUGUAAAAGCUGUAGCCGAGAUGGAUUACGUGAAGAAGAUCACAGAUGUGGGGUCAAUGCGCUACGAUGGAGCGGGUGAGAAACUUGCCUUUGAAGUGAGUCCGUAUGCUUACCGAUAUUAUGCCACAAACGCUUACCACGUUGACACUUCGGUACGUCCCAGCAUAUGA